AAGUAAACAAAACAACAAAAAAAUAGAUUUUCCAACAAAGAUCCUCGUCCGUUCGCCGUCCUCAUCAUCUGCAUCCGCACUUCUAUGAUUUCCGAUCAAUGAACCUGGACUAAUAAAUAUUAAAUAGUGCAGUAGUGGCACGCACGUUUUCAACGUCGUAGUAGAAUUUAUUUUAAGACGACGGCUCCACCACACAUACGAUAAAAAUAAAACUGUUACAAAUAGAUACAUACAUACAUACACAGUUCAAAAAAUUAUAAUAUGUAAUAUUAUAUAAACUUACAUAUUAUUCAUAUAUAAUAUAUAUACAUAUUUUUUAUAUAUGUUAUCUCAUCAAACAACAUAUGUCAUAUAAUAUAUAAUUUAUUUUAUAUAAUUUGUGAAGCCUAAGGCGUACUUAAGAUAAGUUCUCAUUGCUAGCUUUUAAAUUAAAUAAGAAGAAAAACAAACAUGAAUCGCUCAAACAACAACAACAACAAUAGCAGGCUGUUGAAUAGUAAUGAGAUGGCUGUGCAGGACAACAUUAAUAAUAAUUAUGACGAUCUGGAUUCAAAGGCCAACGUGGUUGACAUUUUAAGUUUUAACUGUCGCAAGAACUGUUCCAUUGGUGGGGAGGAUCACGUCAUGGGAGGACAUGUCGAAGGCGUUUUAUUUGCCAUUGGCAACCCACUUUUAGAUUUGAUUGGAGAAGUCAAACCAGAAUUUCUACAAAAGCACAAACUAAAUCCAGAAGACUGCAUUGUCUUGACUAGUCAUCCAACAGAUAUCGUAAAUGAUUUCUUAUCAAAUCAUAAAGUCCUUCAUGUUCCAGGUGGAGCCACACAAAACUCAAUCAGAAUUGCUCAGUGGCUGAUUGGAGUGCCACAUGCCACAUCCUUUAUGGGAUGUAUCAAGAGAGAUGAGAUUGGUCAGAUACUGGAGAAGAAAGUGAGAGAUGAGCAGGUGAACUGUUGCUACGUGUAUGACGACUCGGAACCGACAGGCAAAUGCGUCAUCUGUCUGACAGGCUCUCAGAGAACGUACGUAGCGUACCUGGGCGCUGCUCGUCACCUGAAAAGUUCCCACCUGGACGAUCCGCUGAUAUGGUCUCAUGUUGCAAAGGCUCGAUAUUAUUACUUCUCCGGCUUCCCUCUGAUCAACUGUCCUGAUGUCUUGCUGCGUGUCUCGAGGUUUGCAGUUGAGAACGACAGGUUGGUUGCAUUCAAUCUCUCGACCGUCUCCAUCUGCAGGGACUACCUCCCCCAAGUUCUCCAACUCCUGCCUUACAUCGAUGUUCUCUUUGGCAAUCAGGAGGAAGCAUAUGCGUUUGCCCAGGCCAAAGGUUUACAACUCACCGAGAUUAGGGAUAUAGCCCUAUACAUGGCUCGCUAUCGAAAGGAGAAUGGCAAGAGAGGCAGGCACAUCAUACUGACCAAUGGAGAUCAGCCUACCCUUGUGGUUCAAGAGGGAGUGAUAACCGAGUUCCCAGUGAUAAGGAUGGAUCCGAAAGAUGUUGUGGACUUGAAUGGAGCUGGUGAUGCUUUCGUUGGUGGUUUCUUGGCUCAGUUGGUGCAGGGAGGGUCGAUUCAGGAUUGCAUCCGAUCUGCCAACUACGCCGCCAACUUCAUCAUACAACAGUCUGGAUGCCAGCUACCUUUCAAACCUGACUUCAGUCACGGAGCCAUCAGCUUCUAAGUGAUCACAGUCAUAUCACACCAGCGGAGGGGGGAACAGUUCGAUGAAGAGAAGUUUAUAAUUGUCUCUCCAGUUUAUACUCGUGGUCUUGCACAAAACAUUCAUUUGCUUUGUGAAUUAUUUUGAGCUUUUAAUUUUUCGACUUAAAAAUGUUGACGGUGACUGAGGGCUGUUCGCAAUUUUGAUGAACAUUGACUCUGUUUUCCAAGAAAUAUAUUUAAAGUUAUUCUUUACAUCGUUUCUAUGUUGAAAACCUCAUUUUUUGUUUAAAAUCAUUUAUUUAUUAGCUUUGUUCACAAUGUUAUUAAUGUUAUUGAAAUUAGUGAAAUCAAAGGAUGA